AUGGCCCUCCAUAGACAACGACAUUCAGCCGAGGGAGCAUCUUCUUCAUGUCGUCCUAAUUCUCAACCUCGUAUGUUCAUCCAACGCAAUCCAUUGGAAGGUCAUGAACGCCUUUGGAAUGAUUACUUUGCUCAACCGCCAAUAUAUCCGCCAAACGUUUUUAGGAGGCGAUUUCGAAUGAAUCGUGUUCUUUUUUUAUGCAUACAUUCUGCAGUUGAGACUCAUGGUGAUUAUUUUGUCCAAAAGAGAGAUGCCAAUGGUAGGCUUGGAUUGUCUUCCCUUCAAAAGAUGACCGCGGCAAUUAGGAUGCUCGCAUAUGAGAAUUGUCCUAAUGCUUGGAAAGGUAUAUACUCUGGUCACGUAAAUGAACCAACUAUUAUUUUGAAAGCUGUUGCCUCUUACGAUCUUUGGAUAUGGCAUGCUUUUUUUGGUUUGCCUGAGUCUCACAACGACAUCAACGUACUCGAUCGAUUUUCUGUUUUUGCUGCGUUGGCUAAAGGUCGUGCUCCUCCAUGCAGCUAUACUAUUAAUGGUCACAAAUACACAAUGGGAUAUUAUCUUGCUGAUGGUAUAUAUCCUUCAUGGGUAACAUUAGUAAAAACAAUUCCUACUCCACAUAGAAAAAAGAAACAACAUUUUGCUACUUACCAUGAGUCUGCCAGGAAAGAUGUGGAACAUGCCUUCGGAGUACUCCAAGCUAGAUUUACAAUUGUGCGUAGACCUGCAAGGUAUUUCCAACCUGAAUUUCUAAAAGAUAUUAUGUACGCAUGUAUUAUCUUGCACAAUAUGAUCGUUGAAGGUGAACGUCAUCUAUAUUUUGGGGCUGACCAAUUCAAUUAUGAAGCCAAUGAUGAUACUCCAUCUGAGCCUAUUUCUCGCGAUAAUAUACCUGAAUUCAUAGAGUUCACUGCCCAACAUCAUCGUAUUAGAGAUAAAGGCACUCAUUCACAACUCCAAGCUGACCUUAUCGAGCACUUAUGGAAUAUGCAUGGCCAAGCAUAA